AUGAGUAUACGAAUAGGGUAUAAGAGAAACUUAGUAAUAGGAGGGGCCAAAUCGGUAUCGGUACGGAUUAAGCGUGAUUAUGUCAGUAGUAUCAUGAAGGGUGCUAGACACUAUUUUAUGAGUCAAGAAAGGGAAACCCCGAUCGAAGACGGCAAUCCGUACAUCCAGUAUCCGUUGGUAACCAAAGAACAAAUGAAAAGGAUAACGAAUGACAAGUUCAAGUUUGAUUUUGCCUACACUUCAUAUGCACAUCACAGUACUGAUAGUGAUCCAAUGAUCCAUUCACUUUCAGAUUUGACAGAGCCAACACAAUUGACGUCUUUGUUACCAAGAAGGAGACCGCAUGGGUCUCCCUCCGAUACUUUAUCGAUCAAGGCAGGAGACGAUGCGAUGUUGGUGUCGCCCACGGUGUUGGCUAUCGCCGAUGGAGUUUCAGGGUGGGAGAGUAAAGGAAAGCACUGUUCUUCGGGAAUAUGGUCGAGAUCGAUGGUAGAGACAUUGAGUCGACUUAUGACGGAGUAUAAGCUUAACCAUGUACCACAUCAUUUGAAUAAAAGAGAUAUUGAUCAGAUCUUGGAUGAUUCGUAUUUACACACGUCACACUUGAUGGACCUCCAGAAAUUGAGGGGUUCGUCUACGUUGAUAUUGGGUAUGUUAAGUGGCGAGUAUUUAAAGAUGAUAAGCAUAGGUGAUUCUAAAAUGUACAUUAUUCGGGACGGGGAGAUUGUCAAGACGAAUGAGGAGCAAAUGAUUUCAGACUUGUGCCCACAGCAAAUCGGAACGCAAACCCUAACAUGCUUACCUUCGGAGAUUGCGUGGGUCGAUUCGAUUAAAUUAAUGCCUAACGAUAUAAUUUUAGCUUGUUCUGACGGAAUUUCCGACAACUUAUAUGAAUGGGAAAUACUAGAUUACGUUGAUACGUACCUAACGGGAAAAAGUAACGAUUUAAAAAGCGUAGCAAAUAAAUUGUUAUUCAAAGCAAAAGAAAUUGGUUUUGAUGAUUAUGCAUUUACUCCAUAUAACGAGAAGGUUAAUGCUUUACCUGAAAAGAAAUAUGGCAAGACAUCUAGUACAGGUGGCAAGCUUGAUGAUAUGUCCAUAUGCAUUGCAAGGGUUGUCCCCAACAAAUCCUUAGAUUCAAAAUAG